AUGCAGCCACCUGCCCAAUCGGUGUCCUUCACAGAGGCUGAAUUCGCCGAAGCACUGGCAUGCCUGCCUGCGGGAAAGGCGGUGCCCCAUCACCUGCCGCCUGCGGUGCUGUGGAAAUCGGCUGCCACCUCCCUAGCCAGGAAGCUACUUCCGCCACUCAAUAAUGAGUGGCUAUCGGACAUGACAAGUCCGCCACCAGAUGAAUGGAACAUUGCUGACAUCUUCUUACUAUUGAAGCCUGGCAAACUUCCCACAGCAGCGGCACUGCGCCCGAUCUCGCUUCUUCAUCCAGUUGCAAAAGCGCUGGCGGUCUUACUCAAAGAUCGUUUGCAGCCUGCGGCCGAUGCACUCCUUGAGCACUUACCACAAUAUGCGUACUUACAUCAAAGAUCGGCACAAGACGCGCUCGAUCGAUUCAUUCUUGACGUCCUUAAGUCCUUUGGCAUGCAGCCCAGCUUGGAUAAGACGGUCGUGCUUGUCAGCCUCAAAGGCAGCAGUGCACAGCGCAUCCUGCGCCGCUAUAUCACAGCCAAUCCCAAGAAGGGAAAGUCGCUGCAGGUCUGCACCGCAGAGGGCCAGGACUCCCUCGUGACCUCAAAGUGUCAGUGUGGAAGGACAUUCGCAAUCUGUGCCAUGACAACUGGGAAUAGGCACAUUGCCAAGCAACAUGUCACACUUCAGCCGGUCAUGCAGAAGCUGUCGAGUUGGCUCGAAGAAAGGACUCCUCUGGUGCAAAUGGCUCUGGAGAUGAAUGCGGAGCAGGCGGCAGACCUGAUGAGUGCAAAGGAGCAAGCAGCUCUGCUCCAAGGGAAUGAUAGCCAACGCUCCGGGCGCAGCCCUGGUAUGGCUGCCAUGGGAGCUCGGGCGGCACAGGAUAUGCUGCAAGCAGCGGCCCCGUCAGCACCCUCGGCUCCUGCGGAGACUCCAGAAAUGGACACCUCCAGCCGGGACAAGCGCGGACAGGAGCAAGAGGGCUGGGAACAGGACUGGUGGAGUCAGGACAAGACGAAAGCCGGCAAGGAGAAGGAGAAGACCUUCCCCGAGCAGGAGGAGGUGAAAGCCCUUUGCAUCAGCAUGUCGCGACUGCUGCUACGCCACGAGGAUCAGCAGUCGAUCGACAGGUCAGAGAAGGGAUUUAUUCUCUUCUGCCAGGCCAGGGGAAUGCUUUCCAUCAUCCCGGACCUGAUCCGCACCCUCGAGACCUGGGCGAAAAUGAAGGAGGAGCAGCCGACCACUCUUACGCUGGAAGCUGUGACGGCCUCGGAGGAGAGCAAGGAGCAGGCCCAGCGGAUGCUCAUUCUCAAUCCGGAUGGGACGGUGCCCUACCUCCAAUACAAUCGCCAGGAGCAGCAGAUGGAGGUCAAAAAGGACAGGGAGCCGAUGGAAUAUGCGGAUGUCAUGAAGCUCCUGGUGGAGCUUCAGGAUCUCGCGCUGCUCCCCCUGUCUACCCAAAGGUUCCAUGCGGCCCGCAAGUCUGCGAUGACCCCGAGCUACAAAGGCGAGAUUGUUCCAAUGAUGUUGGAAGUGGGCCUGAGGACACCGGAGGCAGACAGAACGUGGAACAUUCUUGCCCGCCUGUCCCACAGCGGGGCCUGCCGGGCCAUCGCUACGACGAUGAGGCAGGAGCGCCUCGGCCGAUCCGCCCUCGCCAAGCUCAUUCAGCAGCAAGCCGAGAGCUUGUCCGCACCUUAA